GUUCGGAAUCGUAGUCGUAAAUCAUGGUAAAUCAUACUAAAUGCUGUUCUUCUGACCGCCUAUCGCCGAAUCUGGUCUGCUUUUGAGUUUUGUCCAACUAAGUUACUUUAGCACUAGCAGUGACCGUGUGUGAGCAGCGCAGUUUGACCCCAGCCUAAUGUCCUUCUGUUGCUACUAGAGCCCGGGAAGAGAUACCCAGAAUAACUGUGGGCCUGGAGAACCCGGUUGAAAGAAAUGCUUGGUGGUUGUCGGGAGUAGAUCCAUGGCCAUGGCACAGAGCGCACUUAUCGUGUGAUCGUAAAAUUUAUUCUCGAAAUGGAUGCGAGCACCUUGGAUACAGCACAUGGACCGAGAACAUUGGCUGAUUGGAGCGCGAGAGAGCCUGCAGAUAUUCGUGGCCGAGCAUCAGUGGCGCACACCAUGAUCUGACUCCCCAAGUCGCAGUAAUCAGUAACGCUACAACCUUAGUCCUAGAGGCACACUGCGAUCCGCUAGCAACGCGCUGUCAGAACUCGGAAGGCGAUACUGUAUACUUAGGUUCGUGAGUGUCCCUGGCUGUGUGCGCGAGUCGAGAAACAUGUCCACACCACAAGUACGCACUGCUCGCACUCGACUAGGCAAGCUGCUCGAUAGCAAUGAGGACGCACACCGCGAAGAGCUAGCGCAACUGACGCACGGUCGCUACAACAUCAGAGCGGCAUUGGACCGCAGCAGGCAUGCUGUGGACGCACAGAGCGCGACGGUGCAAGCCUGUUCGUCUGGUCCGCGCUGGACGUCUCUGGAUCGGGCGCGUGAACUGAAACUGACAAGCAGUAGCGCCUUGCCACCGCUCGCACCCAACCAACAGAUCACAACAACAACAUCAGCUGAUGAAGAGCCAGCGCUGGCCACUGGCAGUGCCUCGUUUCUGGAAUACGGUUACAUGCAUGGUGCACUGCAGCCGGCUAUGAGCACAUCGAUUGAUGUAAACCGCAUCGCAGCCGAAUACGCAUACCACCAGCCGGAAUUACACACAUGCGGGCUGGAGAUUGGCCGUGAGCAGGCGGAGAGGAAGCCCCGCACUGUUUACCUCCGGGACGACGGCACGUUGACACCACGCGCUGGAGUGAGGAAAGCCACUAAACAAGGAAAGAAGAAGACGAAACGAAAAGAAUUGACUGCUGGAUCUGCGGCAAGCCACCCCACUACAGGACAUAACAGAUUAGAAGAAAGUCCACGAAAAUCGACUAAGUCACCAGUGACAGCGGCAGUGACCACAUUGAACUCGAAGAUGAUAGCUGGUGCACAUAGCUCUGACUUGCGAGAAAUUGAACCACAUUCAUAUCUUCCUACACCUAGUUCAGAAACAACAACUGCAAACGAACUGGCGCAAAGAGGCUCACCCGAAAGUGCCAGGCCAACUUCGCAAAGCACUGGACAAUCAUAUGACACAACCACACACUCACUGGAUGCAAUGACCCCGGCACUGCCUGCAGGCUAUGCUGAUGUCCUCCUGGAUCUCAAUUGUAAGCUAGAUAAGCUGGACAUUGGUGAUGUGGGACGUGCUGGUGCAGGCCUUGUGCCCGUAUCGCAGGUGGAUCACUACAGGGCUGUGCGGGCACGGCACGAAGAACUUGCCAAAGUCAGCUGGCGGUGCGAUGACAAGGAUUGGAGAAGGAUAGCUGAAGACAGCAAGGACGAGGAUUUGUUUAAGAAGCUCCUCCAAGCACGCCAAUGUUGGGAUGAAAUUCUAGCUGCCAUGAAACUGGAGGACCUGGUUGUCACGCUAGAAAUGAUCAAGGAACAGUACGAGGACUAUCUUGGUGAUCUGUUUGAAGCAACGGUGGACGCGCCCAGACCACUGCCGUACAAGCAGCUAAAGGAACAGUACGACUCAACUCUACCAGAUGAUGUCGUGACCAGCGAGGAGGCAACAUCGCAGCCCAAACCUGUAGAUGCUGCCGAUAUAACCCUGGAAUCAGUUGCCCGUAACAUUGAGGAGCUCGAGAAGAAGGCUGGCGUUGUUGUGAAGGCACUGAAGUCGGUGGAAGUGGAGUAUCAGCAGGCCAGAGACAUGCACAGUUACGUAGAUGCUGUGGGCAAGUGGGCACAGAGGUGGCGUGGCAUUGUCCAGGGCCGGAAGGCACUCCGCGAUGCAACCAGCGGUGCUGAAUGGGUUCUGGAAGUGGACAGUCUGCAACGAAAGAUUCUAGAUGCAAUAGUGACGAAGAACGCAAUCGAGCAACAGCAGCGGCGGUUGCUGAUGCGAAGUGACGAGUUCUACUCACUGCAGACGCAGGUGACAGAGUCCAAGGCUGAGUGUGAGCGUGUCAGGAGGAGAAUAGACAUGGUGGAUCGCUUGUGCAAGGGACAGGAAAAUGUUCUGGCCCAGGUUCUGCACAGGUACAAUCGUCCAUCAUCAGAGAAAGACUUGAUCAUGUCUCACAUUUCAAAGAUGGCUACGGUACCAGAGAAAACGUCUGUUACCUGAAUGGAAGCUGCCGGAGUGGAGUCAAUCAACAAAUCAAGGAAAUCGGCUAUCAAGACGACCAGUGAAGACAUAUCGCACAGUCAGACACGCCUAAGAAACCCAGUGUCACCAUGCAGCUGCUAGAGGCUAGAGCUAAGACUAAGAGCGCGGGCUGAAGCACAUACGACACACAAUGGCCAUGCAACGUUGCACGUACCAGCGAGCCAAGACACAACAAGCAUGAUGCAUUGCGUCCGUGUCCAGCAUUAACUCACACUCAAAACUGGCAUCCGUGUUUUCUAUCUGAUGGCAGGUACCUUCAAGGAUUCAGACUGGCACUUGAAAUAUGCUCGGAAAGACUUCAUUAUUGACCACAUUGAAUAGAGAAAACCUAUCAUUAUUAUGCAGUAUUUUACGGAAAGUACAACUGGCUUCUCAAAGAAUGAGCCCUGGCGUACAGUCAUGCGCUACUGGGUGUUGCGUGACAUAACAACAUCAGUCUGUGAUCAACAUCACGCCAAUACUAGUAGUACAGGAACACAUUGGAUUGCCGACUAGCACACUAGCAGCUGUCCUGUACAUGUAUACAAAUGAUUGUAGUAUAGCCAGUGUAGGCCAUUACUUCGUAUGUGAACCAAUGAUUUCUUGAUGCAUGGCGUGUAGCAGAACUUUGAUUCUUGUUCUCGUGCCAUAUCAUAAGUGCUUCACUGACUCA